AUGGACCACUCCUUUGAUAUACCUGACUCAACGGACUGGCUGAAUACACCGCUCUCCGGCGUCGCGUCGCUCGAGUCCGCCCUGCGCUGCCAGGUUUGCAAAGACUUCUUCGAUACCCCUGUCAUCACGUCUUGUUCGCACACAUUCUGCUCGCUCUGUAUCCGACGGUGUCUCAGCGCUGAAGGGAAAUGCCCGGCUUGCCGAUGUGCAGACCAGGAACUUAAGCUCAGACGCAACUGGGCGGUUCAGGAGCUCGUGGAUACAUUCAAGAACAUUCGACCGCAUAUGCUAGCCCUAGCACAAGAGAGUGCUGCUUUAGACCAGGAAGACCCUGAUUCUUCACAACCCGCGACCAAAAAACGGCGAUUAGAUACCGCAGACGAAGAGGGACAAUCACGCCCAGGGUCAAGAAGAACAAGAUCGCAGGCGAAGGCUCGUGAAGCUCCGGUGGUGCAAGUGCCUCCUGAAGAAGAUCCUGAGGACGAAGACUAUAUUCCCGAUGACGGUCUUGUCGCAUGUCCCAUGUGCAAUCAGCGAAUGAAAGAAGGAAUAGUAUUCAGCCAUUUGGAUAUCUGCAAAGGUCCCCAGAAAAGCUCAAAGGGAUCUCGGUCUAACCGGCUACCUCAACAAUCGUUUCAAUACCAACAGCAAAGCAACAUUCAACCACCCGAUCGUCUUCCGGUUAUCAACUACUCCCUGCUCAAAGAAAACGCACUACGCAAGAAAAUGAAAGAAUUAGGUAUACCAGACUGGGGGCCUCGGCCUCUGCUACAAAGACGACAUACUGAGUGGGUGAACCUCUUCAAUGCGAACUGCGAUGCAAUCGUUCCGAAGGCAAAAAGAGACUUGCUCAAAGAUCUGGACAUUUGGGAACGAACGCAAGGCGGUAUGGCAUCAAAUAUGGGAGCGCCAGUAGGACCCAAUGCCGUUAUGGCGAAAACUUUUGAUGCGACUGCAUGGUCGACGAAUCAUGAUGAUGACUUUAGACGUCUUAUAGAGAACGCGAGGAAGAAGAAAGAUGUGAAGAUUCGUGAAGAUUCAAAAGUUCCCCAGCCAUCACAGGGACAAACAAACGUCACUGGUCUGCCAAGUGAUACAAACGAAGCGAGUAACGUUCUGCCCAUUGAAGCACCAUUCACGCCGUUUUACAAUGGCAAGUCAAGUUCCGAUUUGCAAAAAGAACUAUAUAGCGAAGACGUUAUAAAUCCCGACGGGUAG